GUUGUUUUGGCCGUGUGUGAGAGAGACUCAAAACAUCGUAGCAAGACUCAUACCAGAGUAGCAAGAUAAUCGGUUUCACAAGGUGAAAGAGAGACACUUACCUGGUGUUGAUUUGCAAUUUGUCCGAACAGAAAUGCGUGUUUUACUGACCUAAGGUUUUGUCUCGUUGUAAUCUUGCGAACCUGAAAUGGAGAGUGACAAGAUAGAAAGUCAGGAUUUUGCUGAGCUCUGGGAGCGGAACCUCAUGUUGGAGCAUAUACAAACAUCAGAAGGUGGCCCGUGGGACUCAUCAAUCUAUGACGAGCAGUACCUUCCAGACUCAUUCGAUCCAAAUAUUUUCGAUGUUAUCGCUGAGCAACCUCAGCCAUCCACUUCCCCACCAACAUCCACCGUCCCAGUUGCCACAGACUAUCCUGGAGAUCAUGGCUUCAAGCUGGGAUUCCCGCAAUCUGGCACCGCCAAAUCUGUCACUUGCACAUACUCUCCAGACCUGAAUAAGAUCUUUUGCCAGUUGGCAAAAACUUGUCCUGUUCAGAUGGUGGUGGACUCCCUCCCUCCUCGGGGUGCGAUGCUUAGAGCCACAGCUAUAUACAAAAAGUCUGAGUAUGUGGCUGAGGUGGUCCGCCGAUGCCCUCACCAUGAGAGGACCCCAGAUAGUGAUGUACUGGCUCCAGCUGCUCACCUGAUCCGAGUGGAAGGAAACUCUCGUGCUGAUUACAAGGAAGAUCAUGUCACCUCCAGACACAGUGUAAUUGUGCCUUAUGAACCUCCACAGGUGGGAGCAGAGUGCACCACUGUCCUUUAUAAUUACAUGUGCAACAGCAGCUGCAUGGGUGGGAUGAACCGCCGACCAAUCCUCACUAUUAUCACGCUGGAGACUCAGGAUGGUCAGUUGUUGGGCCGUAGGUCUUUUGAGGUGCGUGUGUGCGCGUGCCCAGGUCGAGACCGAAAAACUGAAGAGAGCAACUUCAGAAAAGAGCAGGAGGCCAAAACCACGGGCAAGACCCCAUCUAAACGAAGCAUUAAGGAGUCAUCCUCAUCUACUCCACGCCCUGAGGGCAGUAAGAAGGCUAAACUGAGCAACAGCAGUGAUGAGGAGAUCUAUACUCUGCAGGUCCGUGGUAAGGAGAGAUUCGAAAUGCUUAAAAAAAUCAAUGACAGUUUGGAAUUGAGUGACAUAGUGCCUCCAUCUGACUUGGACAAGUACCGUCAGAAAGUUGUCUCCAAGACCAAGAAAGAGAAGGAUGGCCAGGCUCCUGAGCCCAAACGAGGAAAGAAACUGAUGGUGAAGGAUGAGAAGAGUGAUUCUGAUUGAGAUGGAGGGAUGCUGAGAGAGAAAGAAAUGGGGGAGGGGAGAUCCCCACUGUCUUCCUUCUGCCUUUGUUUGUUAUUGCAAUCUGCCUUUUGGUUAAUUGCAAACUGCUUGUGUCCUGCUUUACAGUAGACCUAUAUGAUCCCCCAGACCUAUAUAUAUCAUUAGCUGGGUUUUCAUUUUAAUGCAGAUUUUGGGAUAUCGCAUUAAAACUGCUGGCUGGAAACAAUAAGAUGCGAAUAAAAUCCCCAAAAUGUGCAUAAAAAGCUUAUACGCUUUUUUUUCUCGUACAUUUUGCAACUUAGAUGAAAACAUAAUUAUUGUUCAUCUUGCUCACUCCACCAGAACCUUUAUUGUAAGUCAGUUUAGCCAGAAAAGCAGUGUUCCAGUGUGGCUAGUAACAGCAGGAUGCUGAUGGUGUAUUGUGUUAUGUCUCCACUGAAGGAGCAACACUGGUCCAUCAUUUUGCAGAACUGAUGAGUGAAUCUUUCUGUAAUGUACAGGGGCACUGUAAUGAGAUAAAGAGGCUUGUCUGUGUACUCAUUCAUUCAUUACAGUGUGUGUGGGAUGUAUCCUGUUGUAGGUCAGUGCAGGUCACUUACCUCCCAAUACUUAGUAUCUGUAAUCUGGUAGGGUUUUUCAAAAUUUAAGGACUAUCAAGUCAAUGAAUUUGGAUUUAAUGGUCAUUUUGUUGAAAAUUACCAAUUUAUGCCAAUAUUUUGUAAUCUGUUUUCAUACUUUGUUUUAUAGGAAAAUGUAUUAAUUAAAUGCAACCAUUAGAAGUAGUUAAAAGCCAACUGUAAUACAUUUUUGUUUUUUUUAAACACAAA